AUGAGGUCUUUUAUAUUCACUGUAUCAUCGCCUCUUUUAGAGUUAGCCCAACAAUGUCAGACUGGAUGGAACGAGUACAACAACCACUGCUACAAGCUGAUGGCGGAAAGUGUCAGCGGGGAUUCAGCGAACCAAAAGUGCCGGGGAAUGGGUGCAAAUCUUGCUUCUGUCAGGGACAGCCAGGAGAACACAUUCAUCGCAAAUACCAUAAAAGGUGCAGAAGGCGACAUGGUCUGGAUUGGACUGAAACGCAAAAAGAAAGGAUUCGAGUGGACGGAUGGAUCACAAUUUUCUUACACUAACUGGGCAGAGGGUCAGCCGGAUAACGGCAACGGCGGCUGGAAUCGCAGGGAAGGAUGCGUCAUCAUGUACAAUAAGGUGUGA